GCAACAUCUACUUCUCGGACAAUACCCUGCACCACAUCGCUGUUUGCUCCAAUGAUGGCCUCUAUUGCACUGUGCUCGUCACUAUGGAUGUACAUCAGCCGCGUGGCGUUGCGCUCUGGCCGCAGCGUGGUCAAAUGUUCUGGACGGAUUGGGGCGUGAAACCGAUGAUUGCGCGGGCAUCUAUGGAUGGCAGAAACUCGUUGCCAUUGGUUACCGACGACAUACACUGGCCUAAUGGUAUUGCCUUGGAUAUGCACAAUGACCGCAUCUAUUGGGUUGAUGCCAAGUUGGCGACCAUGGAAAGCAUACGACCCGAUGGCACUGAUCGACGUCGCAUACUCGACGGUAUAAUGAAACAUCCCUACGGCUUAGCCAUCUUUGAAGAUAACAUCUACUGGUCCGAUUGGGGCACAAAGAGUGUACAUAAGUGCAAUAAAUUCACGGGGAAGGGCCAUCAAGUAGUCACUAAAGAUCGCACCAUCUACGCUGUGCAUAUCUAUCACUCCGCUAAGCAGCCUAAGACUAAUCACGCGUGCAUGCGCAUGCGUUGUUCACACCUUUGUUUGCUCACCGAAAACAAUAGUUCCACUUGCGCUUGUCCUGAUGGCAUGCAGCUGGACGCCAAUCGUUCGCGUUGCGUGAAGACACACAAAAAACAGCGACUCUUCAUUGCUUUAAAGAAUUCACUGCUCGAGAUGGAGCACACAAAGUUUGGGCGGCAUACCAUCCUGGAGAUGCAUCAGCUGCCGCUUUACAUCAGCGAAAUGGCUUACAAUAAUGUAAAUGAAAAGGUGAUCAUUGCCGAUAAUGUGCAACGCACGAUCUUUCAGUACGAUAUGCUGACCAACAACAUAUCGGUGUUGGCACGCGAGAACAUCGGCAAUAUAACGGCCAUCGCAUUUGAUCACCUAGCGCACAAUGUUUACUGGACCGAUGCGGAACGGCAUGUGGUGGAGGUGUACUCCAUGCAGACGCGACAACGCGCUUUGGUCAACUUCUUCGCUGGGAUGGAGGUGCCAAUAGCGCUCGCUGUGAUACCAGAAGAUGGUGUAAUGUUUGUGGCGCUACGUACACGCAAGUACGUCCACAUAGACCAGCUACCACUUAGCGGCCGCGGACCACACUCGCACGCUUUUGAGGACGAGCUCGGCGAUGACGACAUCCGAUUUGUCACUGACUUCGAGAUGAAAACUCUUUACUGGUCCGAUAGCGAACUUGACCGCAUCUCCUUCACCGACUAUCGUAAUCUACACGAUUUCACUUUCCGUACACGCCUUAAGCGGCCGUACUCACUGGCACUGGUCGAAGACGAUAUCUUCUGGACGCAACUUCGUUCCUCCGCCAUUCACUGGACGCACAAGAACAAUUUGGGCACAGUGAAGCGCGUAGAAAUACAAGUCGCGCAGCCAGCGUUCGCACACGCUUUACCCGCACGCAUUCCACUAUUGGCCAGCCAGCCAGUCUCCACCGAAGAUCAUCCCUGCCAGCAUGGAAAUGGUGGUUGUUCGCAUGUUUGUGUGACGGUUACAAAAUCAGUCAGCGCCUGUUUAUGCCCUGCGGGUCUAGUCUUUCGUGAUAUGACCAAUAGUACUUGCAUCGAAGCGAUAGACUGUGAGUUUCGUUGCCGUUCAGGUGAGUGUCUGACACAAUCGCGACGCUGCAAUGGUCGCAGAGACUGCCCCGAUGGUUCGGAUGAGUUGGGUUGCGAUCCGGCUAGCGUCAAGCUGCACAAAGUUGUGUGUGCUAUUGGCGAGUAUGCGUGUCACGAUGCAACACAGUGCGUAAAAAUGGAGCAGCGCUGCGAUGAAAAUAAGAAUUGUCGCGAUGGCUCGGAUGAGACACACUGCGAGAAAUUUGAUAAGGAUAAGCGCUGCCACAUGCAUCAACAUGCCUGCGACAAUGGCAACUGUGUGGAUUUGAGUGUCUUGUGUGAUGGCGUAGAUGAUUGCGGUGAUCGCUCGGAUGAAGCCCAUUGUAAAUCGAAUCAUGAUCAGCAGACGGCGGAUAUGCCUGUUUGUGCAUCGGACAUGUUCCAGUGCAACACAGGUACUUGCAUCGCACAGAGCUGGGAAUGCGAUGGAAAAUUGGAUUGCACGGAUGCCUCGGACGAACACGAAAAAUGCGGCCUUAAGGAAUGCCCAACCGACAUGCACAAAUGUAUGCUUGGUCAGUGCAUUGACCGCCGUCUGGUCUGUGAUGGACACAAUGACUGCGGUGACUACUCGGACGAGCUGAAUUGCGACUUCACUACAGGAAAACAAAGAAAUCUGACCUGUGGCUCAGCCGAAAACCCAAUGUAUCGGUGUCCUAGUGAUGUUAGCAUAUGUCUGGAGUUGGGCGCACGCUGUAAUAGCACCACAGAGUGUCCGCGCGGCGAGGACGAGGAAAAGUGUGGCACGGUGUGUAGCAUCUACGAGUUUCAGUGCAAGUCUACUAAAGAAUGUAUACGCAUGGAGUUUCGGUGUGAUCGCGACAAGGAUUGCGCUGACGGUUCUGAUGAACUGAACUGUGAGCAUUACGAAAAUUCAACCACGGUCGGUAUGAUGACAACCCAGCUGAAUGAACGGCCUUGCGGACCGAACAUGUUCGACUGCAAAGAUGGACAGUGUGUGGAAAUGUCGCGUGUGUGUAAUAAUUUCGAUGACUGUGAUACGGGCGCUGAUGAGGGACCUCUCUGCGAUACCGCCUGCAGCAGUUUAUCGAAUAGACCAUUUUGUACGCACAAAUGCCGUCCAACACCUA